CGCCAUUUUAUUUCAAGAUGGCCGCGCCCAUGGACGAAGGAAAAUGUCGACAGCUGUUACGCGAUGUUCACAAUGGUCUGGUAGAAAUAGGCGAAGAUAUUCAUACAGUCAGAGGAAGUUAUGAAUAUUCCCACUAUCUUUGUGAUGGUUUAGAUGACAGGGGCUGGGGCUGUGGAUAUCGGACCUUACAAUCCUUAUGUUCCUGGGUCAGACAUCAGAUGGUUUUAUCAGACAAAACACCUGCAGAUGUUCCCUCAAUACCUAAAAUACAGGAGGCGUUGGUCACAAUGGAGGACAAACCAUCUUCAUUUAAAGGGUCUUGUGAAUGGAUUGGCUCUUUUGAAGUCUGCCUGUGUCUUGAUAACUUUUAUGAUGUUCCAUGCAAGAUUAUUCACAUCAGCUCAGGAUCUGAGUUACCAAACCAUCUUGAUGAAAUAAUAGAGCAUAUCAACACAUAUGGCUCCCCAAUCAUGAUGGGUGGUGAAAGUGACAGUUCUUCUAAAGGUGUGGUAGGUGCAUGCACCAGUCCAGCAGCUCUGCUUAUUGUGGAUCCCCACUAUGUCGGCCCCACAGUAUCGAAGGAAGAACUCCAGGCUAAUGGCUGGGUGCAGUGGAAAACCAUGGAUCACUUCAUGCACCAUACUUUCUACAACCUCUGUCUUCCAAGGCUUGUCUUAGGGUCAAAAACCUGAUAGGGCAAGUGGGUCUCAAACUUGUUUGUCCAAUGGUUAAGGUGACAUUAGGUCUGAUGGAAAACUGUGGACCACUUCAUACACCACACUUCCUACAACCUUUGUUUCUGGAUGCAGUGGAAUCCUAUGGUAGACUCUACACUGAACACUCCUCUACCUACAAAGGCAUGUAACCUGGUUGAUUUCAACAAGCCACAAGGUGUGUCUAGCACUCAAAAAGCCACCAGGAGUGUUCAACAUUUUAAAGCCACGGAGUGUGUCUGACACUCAACAAUCCAUUGGGUUUUAUUAUCCGUCACUCUACCAGCCACUGGGUGUGUCUGACACUCAACAAUCCAUUGGGUUUUAUCAUCCGUCACUCUACCAGCCACUGGGUGUGUUUGACACUCAACAAUCCAUUGGGUUUUAUUAUCCGUCACUCUACCAGCCACUGGGUGUGUCUGACACUCAACAAUCCAUUGGGUUUUAUUAUCCGUCACUCUACCAUUCACUGGGUGUGUCUGACACUCAACAAUCCAUUGGGUUUUAUUAUCCGUCACUCUACCAGCCACUGGGUGUGUCUGACACUCAACAAUCCAUUGGGUUUUAUCAUCCGUCACUCUACCAGCCACUGGGUGUGUUUGACACUCAACAAUCCAUUGGGUUUUAUCAUCCGUCACUCUACCAGCCACUUGGUGUGUCUGACACUCAACAAUCCAUUGGGUUUUAUUAUCCGUCACUCUACCAGCCACUGGGUGUGUUUGACACUCAACAAUCCAUUGUGUUUUAUUAUCCGUCACUCUACCAGCCACUGGGUGUGUUUGACACUCAACAAUCCAUUGGAUUUUAUCAUCCGUCACUCUACCAGCCACUGGGUGUGUUUGACACUCAACAAUCCAUUGGAUUUUAUCAUCCGUCACUCUACCAGCCACUGGGUGUGUCUGACAUUCAAUAAUCCAUUGGGUUUUAUCAUCCGUCACUCUACCAGCCACUGGGUGUGUCUGACAUUCAAUAAUCCAUUGGGUUUUAUCAUCCGUCACUCUACCAGCCACUGGGUGUGUUUGACACUCAACAAUCCAUUGGGUUUUAUCAUCCGUCACUCUACCAGCCACUGGGUGUGUCUGACACUCAACAAUCCAUUGGUUUUUAUCAUCCGUCACUCUACCAGCCACUGGGUGUGUCUGACAUUCAACAAUCCAUUGGAUUUUAUCAUCCGUCACUCUACCAGCCACUGGGUGUGUCUGACAUUCAAUAAUCCUUUGGGUUUUAUCAUCCGUCACUCUACCAGCCACUGGGUGUGUCUGACACUCAAUAAUCCAUUGGGUUUUAUCAUCCGUCACUCUACCAGCCACUGGGUGUGUUUGACAUUCAACAAUCCAUUGAGUUUUAUCAUCCGUCACUCUACCAGCCACUGGGUGUGUCUGACACUCAACAAUCCAUUGGGUUUUAUCAUCCGUCACUCUACCAGCCACUGGGUGUGUCUGACACUCAACAAUCCAUUGGGUUUUAUCAUCCGUCACUCUACCAGCCACUGGGUGUGUUUGACACUUGACAAUCCACUGGGUGUGUUGCCACUUGAUGUGCUUGAUACUGUUCAAGCCACUCCGUGUGUCUGAAACUUGGAAAAGCCACUGGGUGUCUGAAACUUGACAAGCCACUCAGUGUCUGAAAUUCGACCAGCCGCUUAAUGAAUGGGAAGCUCAAGAAGCCACUCAAUCAACUAGCCACUCAAUGUCUCCAACAGUCAACAAGCCACUCAGGGUCUUAAGACGGGUGUUUGAAACUCGGCAAGCCCAUGGGUGGGCUGAAACUUAACAAGCUUUGGAUUGUUUUACCAACAGAUGGGUAAUGACAGUUGCAUCUCCAUGAUUACAUACAUGUGGCAUGUGAAGGGUGUGGACUUGUGUGGUACCAGUUUAAGUCCUUGGGAUUAGAGCUCAUGUAAGACUCAUCUUUUAACUGAUAUGAUGGUAGCAGGCAACAUUUGUGUUUCAAUGUAGGUAUGUAAUAAAGACACUUAAAGUUUCA